AUGCAGUUCUCGCUCUCUGCCAUUGUCCUUCUCGGGCUCAGCAGCUUGGUCUCCAGCUCGCUGACAGUCUCUAUCCCCUCGUCUGGCCCUCUGCCGAACCCGCACGUCCUCCCCGCAACCACCCAUGCCACUCUCACUACGCUCCCCUCCUCCGCGAAGGACCACAUUUUGUCUGCUUCGCUGACACGCGCUGCAACCUUUGUAUUCGACUUGCCCACUUCUGCUACGGCCGAGUCCUAUCUUCUUGAUAUUCGCUCCGCUGGUGGGUAUGUCUUCGCCCCCUACCGGGUGGAUGUUGCGGCGGACGGCUCUGUCCUCGGAAUCUGGGAGACUUUCCGGGGCAAUCCAUGGGACAACCGUGGUGCAGAGAAAUAUGUCGUGGAUGUUGCUGGGAAGAAGCAGGAUGAUGUGGUUGUUGAGGCCAAGGUCGUUGGCCGCAAGAACUUCUACGAGGAGCGUGCCAAAUUCUCUCCAUUGAGCCUCGUCAAGAACCCCAUGGUCUUGCUUGCAGUUGUUGCUCUGGGUCUGAUGUUUGUCAUGCCCAAGCUCAUGGAAAACAUGGACCCUGAGAUGCGCGCAGAGUUUGAACAGCACUCUCGCUCCUCCCCCAUCACCGGUGCCACGAGCAAUGCCAUGGCUGGCGGUGGCUUCGAUCUGGCCGGCUGGAUGGCCGGUGCUGGUGCUUCUAACCCUACAGCCAGUGAUGCGGCUCAGGGUGGUUCAACUGGUAGAGAUACCAGUGGUUCUACCCGGAAGCGUGGAUAG